GCUGCGGCGAGCAGUACCGAGUUUUUCCCAAGGAGUGUCCACGGUGUGGCAGUGUCCACUCGGUGUCGAACCCGCUGGAUGUUGUCUCAUGGCUCGACGAGGUGAAGGAGAGGGAGGCCUUUGACCAGAUCGUGGGAGUCCCGCUUCGCCGGGAUGAGUUUGUGCCUCCUGACGAGAAGACCAACGAGAUUGACUACUACCAGACACCUCCGUCUACGCUCCUCUCUACAACCACGAUUUCGAGGCCAGGUAUGCACCGCCUGGAUGUUCUUCGACGUCACGGUCGAGGCGGCCACCUUCGACACGGAUGGGACGGAUCACCGUCCGAGGUGCAGCUUUUUCACAGUGAUGCUUUCCUCACUGCUGCGCAUUUGGCUGGAGCUGACCAACCGGAAACACCGGAACUGCAGGUACAAGAUCAUCAGGCCCUGCUCUCCAGCUCUAGGCCCACUUCCUCUACUACUUCUCUUUCGGAAGGCCUGGCCAAGAUCCUGCUGAAACGCAAGGACUUCGACCACGACUCGUGCCACCAACUCUUGGAGGUGGUCAAGCUCCGAAAACCCGGCCGACAGUGUCUUUCGUCGAACCGGGCACGCUCCGGGACUUUGACUCUCGGCUACUACAGCCACGGCAAGCAGCUCGGAUUCACCAACGACACCAUGCACCACAAGCACCUGGCUAGGUACCUUGGGCGAUAUCUUCGACACCACGGUAUGAAGGGCGACAUCAGCAGCCUCUUCAUUGCGUGCAACGUCCACAGCGACUUAUGGGUUGAAGCCGAGGCGCACGAUUGUAAGUACCAUCUCAUGCAAGAGCGAAGGGUGCAUGGUCGGCGUAAACUUGGCUACUUGCUGGAUACCCGCCGACGACUCCAGUCCUUCUAUCCGCACCUCUACCACGGCUCCGACGACUUCACCGGCAACCGCUUCGUCAUCACGGCGUAUCAGACCCGUCUUGUCGACAAGGCCCCUGAGGAGCAUCUGAGUAUCCUCCGGGAGAUGGGUUUUCGUUCGAAAAGGACGGCGGCUUCUGCCGAUGUGCUGAACACCGAUGCCGCUGCAAAAGCGCCGGAGGAGACGUUUCGGGAGUAUGUCACCGUGCUCGAGGCCUAUCCGGUGAAGGAGCAGUCCAGCUCGGCGGGCGACACAGAGCGUGUAGUCGCUCUGGAAUCCUCCAGCGAGGAGGAAGGUCACGACGGGUCGUUUGAGACAAGACGAGCCGAGCUCCAAGCCCGGAAGAAGGAAAUUCACUGGCGAAGCUUGACCGAAGAAGAAGUUCCCUGCUUUGUGGAGGCGGUGCAGAAGGAAUGGUCCGAGUGGCAGAGAUGGUCAUCAUGCAAGGCUGUUCAAGUGCGAGAAGGCGAGGUACCCUCGCACCUCAUCCUGAAGUCUCGUCUGUGCUAUCGCUGGAAGCCGGUGCCCGAGGGACAACGCGCAAAAGCGCGGAUAGUUAUAGCUGGCUUUCGAGACCCCCACCUGGCCAUUCUGACACGUGAUGCACCGGUUCUGGCACGGGAACCUGAUACGGAGCGUCCUGAGCAAAUCUUCAUGCGCGCUCCAGCCGACCCCAUUGCUCUUCAAGCGAAUCCGGAGUGGCGCUGCAAGACCUUGCUCUACAAGCUGUCCGCGCCGGUCUAUGGGCAGAGCAACGCUCCGAGAAGAUGGUACGAUCACUUCUCCAAGGUGAUGCGGAAACUGGGUUGGACACAGCACAGUUUGGACCCGUGCUUGUUCCUUUGGCGAGUUGGUUCACAAAUUGGAGCAGUGCUGGGGCUACAUGUCGAUGAUCUGAUUGCGGCAGCCCUUACCGAGUAUGAGGAGGUGCUGAACAAGGUUGAGGCUAGCUUCACCUGGGGUUCGCCAUGGGUUUCGGAGGAGUUCACCUUCAUUGGCCGAAAGGUGAAACAACACCCCGAUGGCUCGGUGACGAUCGACCAAUCCACCUACGUCGGAGACAUCCCCACUACGAAAGUAAAGCUGCCGGAGGACACCUUGCUUAGCCUGCACCCCUCCUUGGAGACGUGGCGGCGGAUGUGUCCCUUAUUCAGAAGCCCCCGAAAGAUGGCAGAUCUUCGGGAAGUGAACAGCGUCCUCCGCUACGUCAAGGCGACCCCGGAGGCCAUGGUCCGCAUCGUCCACGUGCCGCUCGAGUCCCUUAUCUUCGUAGCCUACGGCGACAGUGGCUUCGCGAAUGCGCCGAACAACAAGAGCCAGGGCGGACUGGUGAUUGUGGCGACCGACCGCUGUGCUCUCCGUGAACCGUGCGAAGCGUCGUUGCUGGAGUGGAAGAGCUACCGGCACCAACGGGUGCUGCGCAGCACUCUGGCUGCGGAAGCCUCGGCCCUGGAUCGUUCCCACGAUCAUGCGAGGUUCAUGGCCAUGGUCUUCUCGGAGAUGGUCUAUGGCGACUACAUUGCUACCGUGAACGAGAGGGCCAAGCAUGAGGUCGUUCCCGUGACGGACGCUCGCAGUUUAUGGGAUGCCGUGCACAGGCUUUCUACGAGCUUCACGGAGAAGCGUGUCGAGAUCGACGUGGCUGCUCUUCGUCAGACAUGCCAGGGCUUGAGAUGGGUGCCGACUGAGCAGAUGCACGCCGAUUGUAUGACAAAGAGGUCGCGAAGCCUACGAGAUGAUUUUAGACAAUGGAUGGCCCAACCGAUGGUCACGUUAGUCGACAGCAAGUCCUCAAAGGAUGUUGCAGUAGGCUCCGAAGCUAACGUCGCAUGGCGGAAGGAGCGCACAGGGGUCUACACGUUAGGUCCAGGCUCCGUGCUACAGCAGUUUUAUUGCAAAAGCAACGCUUUAGCUCGCAGGGGAGACUUCACGGAUCGCUGGGAUGCCCAGUCGCGCUCUGACUCCCAACUCAAUCAGUGCUUCCACACUCUUGAGCGGCCUGGCUCCAGAUUCGGAAGAAAGUGUGCUUGUGAGAAGAGCCGCUUCUGGCGCCGCGCGCUGCAUCUCCGCUUGGGCGAAGACGCUUACAGGGCGAAUACCAUCGGGUGGAAUGCUGCAGCCAGUGCGUGCGUAGACGUUUGGCCUCAGGGCUUGGCACUUCUCGACACGAUGCCCGCCAUGGAAGUUUUGCCGGACACGAUCAGCCACAACAUUGGCCUCGGCCUUUCUCCGUCCUGGGCCUGCGCCCUGCGCUUUCCACCUAGCCCGGACUCAGUGACCUUUGGCACAGCGAUCACCGGCCUGAAACAAGGCCGUCGGUGGCGCUUUGCCACCUUGCUUUUGGGCAGCAUGGCGAUUCUGAGGGUACAAGAGGUCUGCCGCAGCUUCAGCUCGUGCAGCAGCGCCUGCGAGCAGGAAGCCCUCUGGGAGCCUGUGCUAGCUCUGCUGAGGCAGAUGAGGAUCGUGAGCAUUCGGGGAGAUGAAGUUGGUAUGAAUUCGCUUAUCAGUGCCUGUGGUCAGCAUGGCCACUGGGGCUUGGCACUGGGGGCUCUGCAUGGCAUGCCCGGGGGACAGCUGCCACCGGACCAGAUCAGCAUGAAUUCGAUGAUAGCCGCUUGCAGGACAGGUGCGCUUUGGCGGCUUGCCCUUCGACUGUUGUGCAGCUGUAUGCUGGUUGAGCUACUUCCCAGUGCGGUGACCUUUAACUCCCUGCUGGGCGCGGUCGAGCCAGAGACGUCCUGGCCCCGGCUGCUUGCUUCGCUGAACCACAUGAGGGAGUACCUGGUGUCUCCAAGCAUCAUCAGUUUCAACACAGGCGUCGGGCGCAGGUUUCUGGAUUCAAAGCUCUCAGUGGAGCUCCGGCUUCAGCUGAAGGUGCCCGAUGCGCCACCCCAAGAGCUGCCCCGGACGCUAUGGGUCGGCGAUGUGGAGCUCUGGAUGGAUGAGCGCUAUGUCUCCAAAUGCUUCGAAGGCACAGGGCAGCUUCGAAAUAUAAAGCUCGUCCGCCGGCCGUUCUCGUGCAACUUUGCCUUUAUUGAGUUCGCUCAGCAUGAGGACGCUGCUGCAUUCCUUGCAAGCUUGGGCGGACAGCCCUUCCGGUGUGCUCUCGGCCACAGUUUUCGGGUCAACUGGGCUUCGUCCGGCGGGGCCUUCGGGGAGAGGGAGCGGGAGCGCUACAAGAUGGUCUCGCUCUACGUUGGGAACCUGGACGCCUGUGUCCGGGACGCCGAUUUGAAGAAGCUCUUUGAAAGGUACCGAUCCCUUUCGCACGCAAGGGUCAUCACGGACCCCGUCACGUCUCUCUCCAAGGGCUUCGGCUUCGUGCGCUUUCGCGAAGGUGCUGAUGCAGAGCAAGCCUUGCGUGAGAUGCAGGGCAUCAUCCUCGGAAGCAAAUCCAUCAAGGUGAAGCCUGCGACCAGGAUGGAGGGAAGAGAUCGCGACGGCUCGCUGUCACAGGCGAACGCGGCGAACUCGUUGAAGGCAAUUUGUGUCGGCGGCCUUGAGCAGGCUUCUUUGCAGGACCGCCAGCUGCUGUUGCAGCGCUGCGCAGCAUUUGGAGUCAUGCGGCGCUACAACUUCUUCGAGGGCUGCUGCCUCAUCGAAUUCCAAGAAUGGGCCGCAGCAGAAGCGGCUGCGGCACACAUGGCAGGUGAUUGGGGGCUCCCGGUACAGCCGGUCGACGGCUCAACUGCCAGCUACUACUUGCAGCUGGCGCAGGUGUGGCAGCCUUCUGCCGAAGCCGGCACGGCCGUCGCAAAUCUGACGACCUCUCAGGCGGAGCAUCCGCUGGCGGACCCGGCCGAGCCUGGCCUGGAGCAUUUCAAGGCACUGCUGAAAGAUCCGCGCUUUGUGCGCAUCUUCGAGUCCAUCCGGCAAAGCAGCCAAGGCACCGUACAGUCAAAGCCGGCGCCAGUGAGACGCUGGUCGAUGUUGCUGGAAGACAAGCCCGAGUUUUUUGGCAGGCCGUCCCAUGAGUUCAUGCAGCAAUCCGAUGUGGAGAUGCUCGAGACCUUUAGAGACGUCGAUACCAAGAAUGAUACGAAGGCAAUUCUGGCGAAGGGGCGGCAACGCCUCACCGACGUCUUAGCUGGCACCUGCAAUGCGGCGGAGGGAAAGAAGUGGAGAGGCGGUGCCCACGCGCUGCAACAGAGAAUGAGCAGGGACUUUCAUUCGAAGCUCUGCAACGGCAUGGUCCGGUUUAGUGCCAACCAGGGCAAAACGGAGCAGGCGGAAAGGUGGAUGAGCCACUUGAACCACAAGCGAGGCGACGUGCCAGAAGUUGAUGCGUUCAACAAGCUCCUGCAGUCCCUUAUUGACACAGGGGACCUCGACAAGCUUUUACAAGUCAGAAGUACAGUUGGCAACUGGUAUGCAACAGCCAUGGCAAGCAGGGCAGCAGCUCUUGAGAAGGAUGCGCUGCCAGCGUCCCAGGAGGUGAGCUUCAGUCGAAAGUCCACCUUCACAGAGGAGAGUGAUGCUCCCCGCUGGAGCAGGUCGUGGGGCGCUGCCAAUACGCCGAGGUUUCUGGGCAACGAGGUGAUUUCAACCAGCGCCGACCUGAAGAAUCACAAGUCUGGUGUCCAGAUGCAGCAGCCAAAGAAAGACAAGAAGGGUGCUUUGAGUGGCGUCUUCGUGCCGACAUGCGAAAACAUGUGGGGCGUACUGAUAUUCUUGCGGUUCUACUACAUCGUGGGACAGGCCGGUAUCUGGCAAACAUUGUGCGCCGUCGGACUUUCCUUUGCCGCGGCCUUUUGCACGACAGCUGCGAUGUCUUCCAUCGCCUCCUCGGGGGGGCUCGUGAGCUCCGGCGGCCCCUACUACAUGAUCUCGCGCGCGCUAGGACCGGUAGUCGGAGCCACUAUCGGCGUGAUGUACUGGCUCGCGAUCACCAUGCUUUCUGUCCUAGAGUGCCUUGGCGCGGUGGAGGCUUUGGCUAUGGCGGCCCCAUCGGUUCAGUUCCCUGGAUACCGACAGGCGAUCGGCUCAGGGCUGAUGGCCACGCUGGCGCUGGCGGUAUGGGGAGGCAUCAACAUCGUGACCAAACUCGGCCUUUUUUUCGCGCUGGUGGUGGUCUACACGCUGUUCAGCUUUUAUCUUGGCCUUUUCCAAGCUGGACCCUCAGAUGGGCUAAGUCCUGGAAGCGAGAUGAUCACGGGCCUCAGCUGGGAGACUUUUCAAGCCAACUGGGGCCCUCACUACGACCCGGGCAUCAACUUCGGGGUGGUUCUCAGCCUGUUCUACCCAUGCUUCACAGGCAUCCUGAGUGGUGCGAACAGAGCUGAUGUGCUGAAGGACCCUCCCCGCAACAUCCGGCUGGGAACCUUUGCGGCGAUCCUGUUUAGCCUGGUCCUCUACUCCUCCUUCUUCCUGCUGUGGGGCUCAGUGGCGUCGGAUAAGUACCUGAAGGGUGACUUCCUGGGCCACGAGCCGCAUCAUGGACGGAGGCUCUCGAGUGCAGGUAUUUCUCCGGAGGCAAGCCGGCACAUCGUUCAGACCGUUGUGUGGAAUCCCUUCCCCAACUCGGCCUUCAUCGGCAUCAUCCUGGCCUCUUUGAGCCAGUCGCUGCAAUGUUUGAUCGUGGCGCCGCGGCUUUUGCAGAACAUGGCCAAGGACCGGCUGAUGCCAGCCUUGCGUGUGUUGGAGCCGCUGAGUUCCUCCGGCGAGCCAACCCGAGCGCUGCUGUUCACCUACCUGGCUGCUGCGCUUCUUGUGCUCAUCGGGCAGUUGGAGCUCGUGGCGCCCCUCCUGACCAUGCUUUCCGACCCUCCCUCUCUCCCUCCCCGUUUUUUCUUCAAAGAGGUGGCAAGAAGCUGCCAUUUUUUGGCGCGGAUCCCUUUUAUGAAUGCAUCCGUGGCCUACAAUACCCAUGGACGCCGACCCAGCCACAGAGAUGCCGGGGGUGUCAGGGAAUGCAUCGAGGGCCGCUUCAUGAACCACGCUGCCACCACUGGCCGCGCAGCCGUUGGUGCCAAAGGACGAGGCCAAGAAAGUGCGAAAGAAUUGCUGCAGCAACUUCCUGUCGCACUGGGUGGAUACCGACCGGGGCACAAUGAUACUGCCCCAGGUCCCAAACAGCGGGUCGAGGCCCAAAGACAGGCACCACGGGGUCCUUCCCACGAGCCUCCUUGGAUGCAGCAGAAUCGGCGGGGUGCCCGUGCCGACGUGGCCGUGGUUCCGCCCUGGGCGCAGGACACCUUCACCAUGCCGUUUCCGCGCAAACGUGAGGGCGAAGCGCAUCGGAAGCGUCACCAAAGCUUGCCGGAGGAGGCGAUUCGUCCAAAGAACGGCGACACGACGCUUUUUGGUGCACCGGCACAGGAUCAUCAUCAUCAUGCGGCGCACGCACACCAGCACGUGCCUCACCUGCCGAAAGCAAGGGAUGGCGCCGCGGUGGCCUUUGUCAGCAAGGCGGCCGAGCCUAACUCUCAGUACCGCGCCUACAUGGAGGACAAGUAUUGCAUCAUUGAUCCCUUCAUGGAUGGCGAGCUUGGUAACGAGACGUGGGCCUUCUUCGCCGUUUACGACGGGCAUGGCGGGGUGUUGGCUGCGGAGCACUGCGAGGCGGAGUUGCACAAGGUGCUCGCCUCGGAGCUACGGCAUGCGUUAAAGAGCGCGCCUAAGCGGCCGAGCUCACCGCUUCGGGACGAGGUGGUAGCAGAGGCAUUGACCCGAACUUUUCAAAAGGCCGAUGACCAGCUACGCCAGGUCGGCGCCUGGCGCUUCGGUUGCACCGCCACCGUGGCUUUGGUGAGGAGGCUUCCGCAGGGCAUGCGGGUCCACGUGACUUGGGCAGCAGCUGUUGCGCAUCGUUUCGAGGCGGCUGGUAACAGGCCGGUCGCCGACGACGGGGGCCGGCUUAUCGAGCUCGUGGUUUGGAGAACCAAAGCGGAGCCAACCAUUGCCCAAUGUCACACGCAUUCACACGCUGCGUCGAGCUGCAGCGCAUUUGCACGUCUAUCUGGGAAUGAUCAGUGCUGCUACUGUGCCCUGAAGAGCUUAUUUCACGAGUUUGCUGUCUCUGACAGGGAUGUGCUUCCACCAGAUGCUCUGCGCAAGGCGCUCUCACUCGCAUACAAUGUGCAAGGACGCUUUCAAACGGGCGACAUGGAGGAUGCAACGGAGACUAUCGAAGUUAUCUUGGGCAUCUUGCACGCUUGCAGCUUGAGCAGCAGCCUUGCCCCGUCAGCUUCGCCUCGUGCUCAGUGCGUCCAUGCCGAGUUCAUCGAAGAAGCCAGUCGCUUCGGCUGCCAUCCUCUCUGCUUGAGCCACGAAGUCUUCGGUGUCGAAUAUGUCGACGUCCCUCGAUGCACCUUCUGUGGGGCCACAGGUGAGCCUACGGUCACCAGUGCCUUCACGUACGGCGUGUAUGUGACAGAGCUGCUGGAGUGCCGGGAGGAUCUCGCGGGCCAGGUUGACUCCGAGGGAGCUUCGGUGGGGCUAUGGCAGUCGAUCCAUCUUGUACCCCCCACAAGGAGGGCCAGUUUGCAGCAAGUUCUGCGCAAGCUGUGCCAACUCCGUGGGGGCAACUGCAGCGAGUGCAACUCGAGGCAUACCCUUGUCACAGAGCGUUUUUUGACUCGUCAGCCGCAGACCUUCUUGUUGUCCCUGGCAUGGCCAAGCUCGAGUCCAACACGAGAGCAGCUGAUCCAAGUGCUGUCCAUGAUCCAAGCAAGAUUGUACAUGACGGAGAUCUUCGAAACCUCUGCCGAGACAUCAGUGGUUUAUGGCUUUCGUGGACUCGUGUGCUACAGCGGCAUGCACUACGUGGCGUUGUUCUGGUGCCCGUCCCAGCGGCACUGGGUCCUCUUCGAUGACACCUGCGUCCAGGAGAAGGAGGAUUGGAGCUCGGCAGCUCGCGUCCUUCUCUCCGGGCUCUUUGUCCCAACUUUGGCCUUCUACGAAAGGGUGCAAGCAGACGCAGCCCUGGAGGAGUCCCUGGAGGAUUUGGCCCAACAGGUGGCAAACGUUGGGGACUCGCGUGCCAUUACCGUCGAUGGAUCGGGAGGAUCCACGCGGCUGUCUGUUGACCAUCGGCCGACCGAUGCUGCAGAGGCACGUCGCAUCCGCGAGGAGGGCGGCUUCGUUACCAUGGGCCGUGUCUCAGGUGAGUUGGCGGUGAGCCGUGCCUUGGGAGACCUCCUGCUGAAAAGCUCAGGCCUAAGCUGCAAGCCCUCCGUCCGGGCCCACGAUGCCAAGCGCGACCUGGCGCUGGUCUUGGCCAGCGACGGCUUGUGGGACUUUGCUGAGGAGAAGGAGGUGGCCAAAGUUGUCGUGUCCUGCAGCAGCUUGGCCCAUGAUGAUGCAUGCACGCUCCGUCACAAGAUUCCAGAACCCACGGACAACAGAGGCAGGAACUUGAUAACUUGA